UCUUCCCAGUUGCUAGAGCUGUGACGUCAGGACGUUCCUGGGCACGCUUUCAAAGCUUAGAAAAUAAACAAAAGACGAAACGAGAGAGGUGUAUUUCUUAGCUGGUAAAACUUGACGAAAUAAAGUACAAACACCAUUUCUGCAUCUACACGGCAUCUUUAUUUAACAGUGGGGGCUCCCUCAGCCAUGGAAAAUUCACUGUUGGUACGAGUGAGUGUCUUCUCGGACCAAGGAGGCAGGAAAUACAUGGAAGAUGUAACCGAGGUUGUAGUGGAGCAAGAGCCGAGCGAGGGUGAGCUUGAUUCGGUCAGAGUUGCGGAGGCAAAAGUGGACAUCUGUGGUUGUGCUCACUACACGCCGGGGAACGAACUUCAGGAUCCAACUCAAAGCAAUGUUGUCAUUAGUCCUCUUCCCGCCACUGUGUCAUGGACACAACACGUUACAGCCGAUGAACACAAAAGUAGUUGCACAUUUACAACAGCACUGGGGCAGGAUGGAGAAGCAGCAACCAAGAUUGGACCACGGCGGUCUGUGGCCUUCUUCGCGGUGUUUGACGGUCACGGAGGUCGAGAGGCAGCCCAUUUUGCACGGGAUCAUUUGUGGGACUUCAUAAAGAAGCAGCGUGGAUUUUGGUCUAAGGAUUACGAGGAAGUAUGCGCAGCGAUCCGCAAAGGGUUUGUUGCCUGCCACCAUGCCAUGUGGAAGAAGCUGCCGGAGUGGCCCAAGACCCUCACGGGGCUCCCCAGCACGUCUGGCACCACGGCCAGCGUGGUGGUGAUCCGGGGGGACUGCAUGUUCGUGGCCCACGUGGGGGACUCUGCGGUGGUGCUCGGGGUGCGGGAGCAUCCAUCCGACCGCCUGAUCCGGGCGGUGGAGGUCACGCAGGACCACAAGCCGGAGCUCCCCAAGGAGAGGCACCGCAUCGAGGGACUGGGAGGCAGUGUGAUGAAGAAGUCAGGGGUGAACCGUGUGGUGUGGAAGAGGCCCAGGCUAACCCACAAUGGCCCAGUCAGGAGAAGCACCGUUAUCGACCAGAUCCCCUUCCUUGCAGUGGCGCGAGCACUGGGCGACCUGUGGAGCUAUGACUUCUACAGCGGGGAGUUUGUGGUGUCCCCGGAGCCCGACACCAGCGUGGUGAGGCUGGACCCCAGGCGCCAUCGUUACGUCAUCCUGGGCAGUGAUGGGCUGUGGAACAUGGUCCCCCCGCAGGACGCCGUCACCAUGUGCCAGGACCACGACGAGGCCUUGGCGCCAUUCGGGGUGUCGUCCGCCCGCCGGCUGGUGAGCCAUGCCCUCCUGCGCUGGCGGCAGCGCAUGCUGCGUGCCGACAACACCAGCGUCAUCGUCAUCGCGCUGCAGGAGCCCGGGGGGCUGCGGCUCCCCCUGCACCGCGAGGAGGUGAUCUUCAACCUGGCGGAGGGGCCCGGGCGCCACCCCAGCACCCUGCUCACCGAGGUCAGCACUGCAGGCGCAAGGACCCCGCACUAUGAGAUGCCCUCGCCUGUAAUGGAGCUGCCUCCAGGCCGGGAGCGACGGGAUGGCCCCUCUGCGAGCCUCUGCGACCUCCCCGGCUCCCCUGAGGAGGUGACGUCACAGAGCGGCGGCCCCGCGGACAGGGCCACGGGCACUCCGCCCAGCGAGGGCGAGCCGCCCGGCUGCAAACGCAUCCCCGAGGGCGAGCCCUGCUCCAGCCCGGCUGGGAAGAGGGCCCGCCGCGGGCUCCCGCGGCCCCCGCACUGCCUCCCCUCCCCCGGCAUCCCGCGGCGCAGGAACGGCGAGCGGCCGGCGGUGCGGCGUGGCGGGAGGGGACACAAGCACCCCCCCAACGUCUCCGCCCUCCUGCAGCAGCACCGCAAGGCCACCGUGUGCGUGUGCUGAACCUGUAGCCCCUCCCCCCUCACCAGACC